CGAUCGGUGUCGGACGCACUAUGCAUGCAACCACAACCACUACUAUACCGAUCGGUGACGUCAACACUGAAAGUAUUUAUUUUCUCCAGAUACGUAUUACUUAACUAGAGACACAACCACUUACUGUCAGAUGUCAUUUAAUUGACAUUGGCAGCUUUCAGUUCAUGUCCAAGGCCAAAGUUGUUUUUAUUGUAGAUUUUUAUAUAAAUGAAAGAAAAUGGAUAUUUUAAAAGCUGAAAUAGCAAGAAAAAGAAAAUCUUUGGAGGAAAAAGAAUUAUUAGGGACCGAUAAAAAGUACUUCAAACGAGGUGAACUAAUGGCAAAAGAACAAGAAGAGUACCGUAAAAAAUACUAUGCACAGAAUGAAGCCAGUAAAAAUUCUUCGACUGUUAAAGGAGAGGAAGUUGAGUCAAACGUCCAACAUAGUAUUUUGCCCAGGCAAGAAGUUAUAACCAGACUUAGGGACAGAACAGAACCGAUUUUGCUUUUCGGGGAGUCAGAAACCGAUGCAUUUAAUAGGCUUAGAAAAUGCGAACUGCUAGAACCUGAAGUUAACAAGGGUUUCAGAAAUGAUUUUCAAGAAGCCAUGGACCAAGUUGAUCAGGCCUAUCUUAUUGACUUGCUUAAAGAUUCCGAGGCGAGUAAAAGUACAGAGAAAGUUGUUAAACCACAAGAAGAACCAACUAUAGAGUAUGAACAAAUACAAGAAAUGGCUAAAAGUAUGGGUAGAGGGAAUAGGGAGCAUGAUAUGACUGUUAUUGUACAUUUUAUUCAGUUAAUUUCGAAGAAGUGGAACGAACAAUUGCGAGCCAGGUCUAAAGUAGAGAAGGCUGUAACAAGAGGUAAACUUCAGGGAGCGACUUAUGCGCAAACGCAGGAGUAUUUGAAACCGUUGUUAAGGAAAUUGAAAAAUUUCUCUUUACCCGAAGAUAUAUCGGACAGUUUGACCGAAAUCGUUGUACAUUUACUGGAGAGAAAUUAUUUAAAGGCUAGCGUAGCUUUCUUACAAAUGGCGAUAGGCAACGCCCCAUGGCCGAUUGGUGUCACCAUGGUCGGUAUCCACGCGCGUACCGGUAGAGAAAAGAUUUUUUCCAAAAACGUCGCCCACGUCAUGAACGACGAAACGCAACGCAAAUACAUUCAAGCCCUCAAAAGGCUCAUGACCAAAUGCCAGGAGUUUUAUCCGACGGAUCCUUCAAGGUGUGUGGAGUACCAGAAGCCUGAACCUUCCACCUGUUCGUAAAUGUCAUAAAAUAGCUGCACACUUCGAAAGAGAGGCGAAAAUAACUGUAUAAAUUCGAUGACUAUUCUAACUUCAAAAUGACGAUUUACCAGUGUGGGUUGUUGUUGCUGCCAAUAAACAAUGAUUAUUCCUUUUUGGAACAUUUUAAAGUCGUCUUUGGUGUUCCAAAUCAAUCUAAUGUCCCGGGUAUCUGCCAUCUUUGAGUUUCGUGACAGUACAGUCAACUUCAUGUUUGUAAUAAUUUUAGAAAACAAUUCUACAGCUUGCUGUAAUGUUUUGGAUUUCUAGAUUGUCGUAACUUUUAUUUUGGUUGAUUAUU